AUCUGUACUGCCGAGAAUUAAACAAGCAGAAGGACCCUUCACUUCUUCUAACUCUGAUUAUCGAGUUCCAAAAGCAAAAACCCAUCAUCAGAUAACUUCCUUCUUAUCUGGGUUUUCUUUGCCUCUCAGAAAUUUCCCAAAAUUUUACAAUUCUUAUCAACUUCGCUGGUUUUGGAAUUAGGAUCCCUGUUAAUUGUUGUUGGGUUGGUUUUGAUUCCCAGGAUCUCAGCUUCAUUGUUGCUGGGUAUUGUGGAGGAGUGAUUUUCACGGCGGUGGUAUCAGCGUGAGUUUUAUUUACUGAUACAAUAGUGAUGGCCAAUCCAAAUACAGAAAAAUCUAUAGUCUCUUCUGCAACAUCUGAACAAAAGGAAGCACCUGCAGGAGAUUCAAACUUGAACAUGCUUCAAUCUACUAUGAACAGGCAAAACCAAAGCUCCUCAGAUGGUCAUGUAGCUAUACUUUGGGAUAUUGAAAACUGCCCUAUACCGAGUGAUGUUCGCCCUGAAGAUGUAGCUGGCAAUAUAAGAAUGGCUUUGAGGGUGCAUCCUGUGAUUAAAGGGGCUGUUAAGAUGUUCUCUGCUUAUGGGGAUUUUAAUUCCUUUCCCAGGCGUCUUAGAGAGGGUUGCCAGAGAACUGGUGUUAAACUCAUAGAUGUUCCAAAUGGAAGGAAGGAUGCUGCUGACAAGGCUAUUUUGAUAGACAUGUUUUUGUUUGCUCUUGACAAUCCUCCACCUUCUUCCAUCCUGCUAAUUUCAGGGGAUGUAGAUUUUGCUCCAGCUCUUCACAUACUUGGUCAGCGUGGGUAUACAGUCAUUCUUGUUAUUCCUUCUGGAGUGGGUGUUUCUUCUGCCCUGUGCAAUGCAGGUAAGUUUGUCUGGGACUGGCCUAGUGUGGCUCGUGCGGAAGGAUUUGUUCCACCCUCAAAAGCUUUGAAGCAUCCUCGUCCAACCGAACUUGCUGGGUAUUUCAUGGGGUGCCAUAUAAAUGACAAUCAAGAUGGCCAAAAUGGGGAAGAAUCAAUACUUUGCAGGGGCAUUUCACAAAGCUAUUACAACUCGAGGGAUUUCUCAAUAAUGUCACAAUCUUUAUCUGAGUAUCCAAGUAAUCCUUCUAUCACCGCCCCAAUUUUCCCUGCAAAUUUGAGGUCACAUGGUCUCCCAUCUGGGUUGACUGAAGCAUCAGGAUAUCAUGUCUCUUAUGAUCACAAUGAUACCAUGUGGGUACAACCUGGUGACGUAAAUGGUCUGAAAGGACAGCUGGUGAAGUUGCUUGAAUCAUCAGGAGGCUGUCUUCCCUUUACCCGCGUUCAUGCUGAGUACCAGAAAAUGUUUGGAAGGCCACUUUAUUGUUCGGAGUAUGGAGCGUUCAAGCUUGUUAAUCUCUUCAAGAAAAUGGGUGAUGCAAUGGCAAUUGAUGGAAAAGGCCAAAAGAAAUUUGUCUACCUUCGGAGCUCGAAAGCCAGCCCAAAUGAGCCUCCUGUUGCUCUGGCAAGGAAGGAUAAGAAAGGAAAGGGGACUGUGGAGGAAAACGUGGAUUUUGCCCCUGGUGGAGGCUCUUCUGAUGACUACUCUGAUGAGGAAAGGAUGGCAGAUGAAGAACAGGAUGAUAGAAGGAACCUAGGGAGGAUUAAUUUAGGAAUGGGACCAACAGCUGGAUGUGAAGUUGAUGACAGUUAUCUGGAGCAGUUCAAAUAUGAGUUGCAGGAAAUUCUAGUAAGCUAUUCUUGCCAGAUUUUCUUGGAUUGUUUUGAGGCGAUAUACCAGCAAAGGUACAAGAAACCCUUGAACUAUCAAAAGCUCGGUAUUGAAAAGCUGGAGGAGUUGUUUGAGAAGGUGAGAGAUGUUGCUGUCAUGCAAGUAGACCCAGUGAGCAAGAAGAAAUUUCUGGCUACAGUAGAUGGCUAGCGAAAUCAGGCAGCUGCAUUUCGUAGUAACCUUUUGAAUUCUUUUUCUUCUUUCAACUUGAGAAGGGCAGAAAGUUGAAUAAGCUGUAUGCUUUAUCAGUGCUUGAUCUCUCUGUCUCUUAUUUUCUUUCCCUUCAAAAUUUCCUCCACAAAAUUCCGUGAGUUGUGAUAGUAGAGGCGGCAAAUGCUGUUUUUUUAUUUGUGUUUUGCAUGGAGUUGUUUUAAAUUUUCCAUGUAAUACUGAUACCUCAUACCUAGGCAUUGUAAACUGAUUGACCACUAAUUUGAAUCAUUGUGUACAUUAAAUCAGUUUCUCUAUC